GUCUCUCUUCUUCUUUUCCCUCCUCCUCCCCGGCCCUGCUCGCUUCCUUCCCCCGCGCCGCGCCGCUGCGCUCCGGGGAGGAGGCAGGAAGGGAGCGGCGGGGAUGGGGCAGCUCCCCGGAGGGAUGCGUUAGGGCUCCCCGGGACCCUCCCCCGGCCCCCCUGGACCCCGCCGGGAGCCGGUAAAGCUGAUCCUCCCCAGCAUCUCUGCGAUGGCCUCAGGGAACGACGGAGACCCACCGAGGGCCCACGGACGCCGGGGCAGCAAUGGGCGCAGGCUGUCACAAGAGCUCAAUUCAGAAGACCAGGUGGUUCAGGAGACCGAGGAGGUAUUUCGGAGCUAUGCCUUCUACCGCUACCAACAGGAGAGAGAAGAGAGCGGGGAAGAAGUGCCCUUGGACCCAGAGAUUGCAGAGAUCCAGCAGGAGCUGGGCAGCACUGGGAGCCUGGUGGGGAGGCGCCUGGCCAUCAUUGGCGAUGACAUUAACAAGCGGUACGACGCCGAGUUUCGCUACAUGCUGAAAUCCUUGCAGCCCACCAAGGAGAAUGCCUACGACUACUUCACCACGAUCGCCUCCAGCCAAGCUGCGCUGUUUUCACCGCUUUGCCACCCUGAGGCGGUUAACGCACCGCAAACAGGUGGCUGCACUCGAUCUGGACAAUGUUUACAUGAAGUACAUGCUGGCGGUGGUGGCCCUGGUGAUGGUGGGGCAUUUAGUGGUACGACGCUUCUUCAGGCCCUGACCGACGUGGGGGCAGAGGCUGGGGGGUCCGGCCAAACUCUCUCUCAAACCUCUCCUGCAUUGAAGUCUCCCAGGAGAGGGGGGCAAUUUGAGGAACCUCUGGGGGAGAGAGAGCGCAGCUUGGACCCAUGACCCUCCCGCUGCAGGACGUGGGGUCUCUGCCACCCGCAGCAAUGCCACCAGGAGCAACAGAGAGAGGCAGCAGGGGGGGAAGGUUUGACUUUGGCUACUUUACGCCUCGCUGUGCUGAGGACGGAGCAUCGCUGUGACCCUGGUAGCCCACAACAGGGAGGCAGGAGAACAGGCUCCUCUGGAGGAACAAAAGCAUUGUCACGAUAACGCCGGCGUGGGCAUACGUGUGCGUGUGUCUCAUGUCUCGUCAGCUCUGUGCUGUUCCUAAGACACUCCAUGGGGUAGGCGCAGAGCUCCCCCAUUGCUGCUGGCUCUAGCCCAGACCUGCAUUCAAAGAGGGAUUCCAGCCUCGGUUGCUCCGAGCAUUUGUUGUAAGCCCCUGGAGGGGCGAGCCAGCAUUAGAAAGCCGUGUGGUGCUUGCUUUCACCUUCCCCUUGCUCCUGAGCCCGAAUACUUGAGCUUUCCCUUUCCUUUUAGCAAGCAGCCCCUUCCCAUUUUUAAAAGAACACGGUGACAGAAGCACAACCUGUUAUCUGACAAUCGAUGGCAGCAGCCGGCAGUGCUGGCACGGGCAGACUUCCCCUGCCCCAGCCCAGCAUCCCAUGGCCGAUGCUGGUCCCAUGGCCACAGCCAUGCCUUGCUGCCUGCACCCCAGCCCUCACGGGUGUUCAGAGGGUGCUUGCCAGCAGGCCUUGGGAAGCAGCAGGUUUCCAAACACUAAAAAGCUGUGGGGUGGUGACUUGGGGGUGUGCAGGCAGCCUGCCCUCUCUCCAGUCUGCUGGCUGCUUCCAUCCAGCAUACUGGCACAUGAGCAGCCCCAGUACAACCAGUUGGUCCCCUUGCUCUCCGUGGGAGGCACAGGUUGCUUCUCAUCUCUGUAUGGGCUCUUUGUUAUGUCCUCUUUGAGCCGGGGCUGCGGGGACAGCAGGGCACAGCACGCUGCCCUGGCAACCCAUGGCUUUUUCACCAAAGGAUUUGACCUUGUUCUUGACUAAUUCUUGAACAUGAGUUUUGGGGGAGGCAGGGACGCAAGCAGGCGCCGCUCCAUCUCCGAUCUUUCUGACUUUUGCAAAAUAGGGAGAGCAUCCCAGUGCGGAUUGCACAGUUUAGCUCUGUCUGCUCUUUUUACUCCAGGUGACUCUGUAAGGCUUGAAACUGUGACUGGCCCUGUCUGAGCCAUUCCAGCAUCACCAAGCUCCUAGAGCAGCUCAGCCAGCUGGGGGAGGGAGCCAGGGGGACCUUGGAGGUAGGAAAUGAGCCGUGGACCGGUGCCUGAGCUCCUCUCCUGUCACAGAGGGACCCCUGGGCUGGAGCAGCACCACAGGUGUAAGCAGCCUGAGCCCACUGCCCACUGGGACCACCCCACGAUGGCUGGACCUCGCCUGGCUUUGCUACAGCAAAACGGGCUGGGGGACCACGACUGCUCUGGCUCAUCCCCUUGGCAGGGGGAUCGCCGUGGCAGGGCAGAGCCCAGCUCACCCACAGCCCUGCCUGGGGUCACCGGGGUGGGCAAACUGGGGGCAGAGAGAGCAGCCCUUCUGCCCCACUGUACCAAAGGUGUUCCUGGCAGACACCUGGCUGUCGUGUUUUUAAAAUCUUCCUCUAUCACCUCGCCGUGUCAUUAAUUCCUACCUUUGUCUUCAGAUGGGUUUUUUCCUCAGUGUCUCUCCCUGGGGACUGCGUGUCCUGUCAAAGCACAGAGGACCCCUGGCAGCCUUCCUCCUUGCAGCUUAGCAGGACCAGCCAUAAUUUUGUAUCGCUUAUGUCCCUCACAUUCCUUUUUUUUUUAAAAAAAAAAAAAAAACAAAAGAAUAGCAAACUCUUUGGCCUCUUUCCAUAUCAGUCUUUCUGUGCCCAUCGUUUUCUGCAGUAUCCCAAUCCCUGGUGGAGCGUCCUGGACUGUACUCCUUUAAAAGGCAUUAAAAUAUUUGCUAUAAUAUUCCUCUGCUAUAUAUCUGUUUGGGUUGCUUUCUUUGUAAUACUUAAGUGCUGAGCAGCACAAGCCUGCAGUGGGUUGUCUGUGAGCAGCUUGACCCCCCCAGCCCCCACAUAAUUAUCUGUCCCCCCACAAGUGCACUUCUUUGCAUUUAUCCACACACAGCUUCAUUUGCCAUCCCGCCACCUGUUCAACUGCCUUGAGCAGAUCUCGAGAUUUCCUGACUCUUCUCUGGCACGAACCACUCUGAACAACCUAGUGUUAUCAUCUGCAGUUUCCUCUCCCCCCUGCUUACCUUCUUUUUCUGGGUGAAAACACCACCAGAUGGAGCUUUUUUGCCACAGUGAAAAUGAACUGCUAAUUGUUAUUUUCCUUUUCUCUUAAUCAGUCACGUUAUUGAUCUGCCACGGUUCUCUGGUUGUCUGAUUUGGUUAUGUCUCCAGCAGGAUUUUUUCCAGAGGGCCUUGGAAAGAAAACAGUACAUCAACUUUUAUUCACUACUUUACUGACACACUCCAAGAACUCUAACAGAUUGGAGUACUUCUGCUAGUACAGAAAGUCAUGCUGCUUGUAAUUUAUUCUCAUCUUCCAGAGAAGGGGUUUCACCUUGCAAACCAAAUUCGGAUGUAAGGCCAUUUAAAUAAAGGCAAUUUUUCAGCUUUAUGGUAGAUGAUCGAGCUUUGGUAAAGUCUAUGAUACCAGGACUGAGAAGGGAACUUUUAAUAUAGGUGCUGUACAAAGGGAAGUUUCCAUUUUAGCCAUUUUCUCAGGGGAUUUGCAGGGAGGAUCGUCUCAGGGUAUCGGCAUAUUGUCUCGCUCUGCUCUCACCUCUCCCAGCUUUCCUGGCACCGUGGCUGAGCAGAGACAGGCUCGAAGUGGGAACGUGAAUGGGUGGCUGCUCUGUAGUACUGCAUCCCAUCACUGGAUGGCCACAGCACUGCAGCCACCUGGGUGCUGAACUCCCACGGGGGGAAAUUCCUGCUUCCAGGCCCCCCUCUUUGGCUGGGUGACCGGUGGCUUGUGCCCCCAGAGCUGCGUCCACACCGGGCCCUGGUGCGCAGCAGGGGCAGGCAUGGCUGGGCCAGGGCCUGAUGGGCUGGGGCUGCUGGACCCGAGGCAGAAUAAGGCGUGAAGGCUUUGUCCUCCCCAGCAGAUGAUGCUCUUUGCAGGGCCGGUGGGCCCUCUGAAGAGCCACAAUCUACCUCAAAGCCCCACAAGGCAGAGUUCAGGGAAGGGCCUGGCCGAGGCACCCCAGGGCACCUGGGCUACGUGCAGGCAGCUUUAGCUCAGGCUGGCAGUGCCAGGAGCCCUUUUUACCAAAAAGUGCAUCCCUACUACAGAAGUAAGAGCUCUAAGGAAAAAAAAAAUAAAAUAAAUCUCAGAAUAACCCCAAAUGUUCCCUGAAAGGCUGAAUCAAUCGUUUCCUUCUGGAGGGAUAAAGACCUGAUCAAUAUUUUUAAGCAGCGUAAGCUGUGUUUAAACAGCAACCCGGCCACGUGUGAUACCCUGUAUGAAAAGAAGCCCAUGUAAUGCACUGGAUAGCAGGCUCUCCCUGUUGUCACCUUCCUAGCCACUAUGGUGCUAUUGGGGCACAGGUGCCCCCAAAGCUUUGAUUUCUUCCCCGGUAAGCAAGGGAAGCAGGGAGGGGGAACCCUCAGCUGGAAAACAAAGGCAGGAGAGCAGAAGGCUGAGCUCUGGCUGCUCAAACAGGUGGGAAGGAAAUUUUCAGCCCCUCUCAAAGACACCUGAAUCACUGCAGGGUUUGGUGACGACAUGGCAGCUGGAGCAGACGUGGCACUUGUCUAACAGCGACCCAAGCUAGGGCUGUUAUUUCAGGAAGGUCUGGCUCUCUGCGAUACCUGCACCCGCUGGCACCAGUGCCUGCCUGAUCCUCCACUGGGCAGGGAAAGGAACCAAAGGCUCCCACUGCUUCCUUUCUCCACCCAGCCCCAGGAUCUGUUACGUGGGAUGGUUUCAGCAUCGCGGUGCCCAGUGAAGGCUUAGGUGCACCCCAGAAACAGCAACGAGGGGUGCGGGCAGCAGUGCCAGCCCCCAGGGCUGGAGGUGCUGGAAACGGGUGGGAGCCAGGGCUGCUGAUCAAGGUCAACGCCACGUGCUCCGUGAUGCUGAUCCCUCUCUGCUUGGUCCCUGCACAUGAAGGAUUUCAGGGAGGAAAUUGGGGCUUUUCUGGCAGGGGUUUCUUUUGUGCCAGAGGCAGCCGAGAGGAGGUGCUAAGUGACAUAGAGUUACCCAGACAGAAAACUCGUCCUUCAAUUUGAAGUGUGUGUUUGUGGGUGGGCAGGGAGAUUUAAUUCGUAAGGUUAUAAUGGGUCUGUAAAAAGGGGGUGAGAAACUGGAGGAAGAGUAUCUUGUUUAAUGAGGUUAAUCUGAGGGCAUGGCAUAUUCCCACUCCACCCCAGCUCUUUUCUCCUGGAUGGAGGAAGCUGCCUGAGCUAUCAGCUUGCUUGUCAGCACAUCCCCUCCUUUAUGGCUGUUCCUCACUCUGUGAGCCAACAACCCAAACCCUCCCUGCCAAACACAGGGAGCAGCAGGGUUCAGGCUCUGAGGACCACUGCCCCAGAGAGACCAGCGCCUUUGCGGUCAGGACUGGUGGCAGCCUUCUGUGAAGCUCUGUGUGAUAGGUAUAUGCAUAUACUUGAAGCCACGCUGUCUCUAUUCACUCUUCCUUGCCUCUCUAGCAGCAGCGAAGCACACGAUGCUCCACACAGCUUCCUUCCCAGCUCCUUUCUGUACCCCUCCAGGAAGCCCUGCUCAGGAAGAAGACGGGGUACAUGAUGGAGCAGAAAAGCAUGCCUUGCACUGACUCUGGAGGGGAGGGAAGGGGCUGGUGAACACCUUUUCUUUCCAGUGGGAGGAGGAGGAGAGGGAGGAGGCAGGCCACAGGUUGUCCCAGGGGCAGCAGGGAAGGAGCUGCCUGCAGACCAGGCCAGCUUUAAAGGACAGACACAGGGGCUGUGUGGAACAUGGUGGCUUGCUUUUACCACAAAAGCAUUCACAAAUAUUCUGUUUUAAAGUGAUGUAAUAUAUACAUAUAUAUAUAUUUGAAAAUAAAAAA